AUGCUUGAAAGAUUAGUCGCCAGCCCUCUCAGCCUCACGGAAAAACUGCAACAAAACAUCCACAGUUGUGGUAAAUGUUCUCGAGCUAUCAAAAUCAAGGAGACCUCGCAAUAUCCGAAUGAUUGGCAAGCGACCUGGGACUCAAUGUUGCAGGCAAAGUUGGCGAAGAAGUGA